UCUCUGUUGUUCUCAUAGUCAUUUUCCAUAGCUCAUCCAUUUUUCUCCCACUUCUUUAAUGCCUCUUCAAUAUCACGAGACGUCUGUAAUCAAAGUAUUCAACACAAGGUUUUAGAGUAAGAGAGAUGGAGAGAGAUGGAAGUCUCAGUUCCCAAUCCCAUCAAGCUAUCUUUCUACUAUAGAAUUGCUGAUCAGCUUAUUACCCAGGCAAAUCAGUGUAGAAAUGAAAAGAAGAUAACUGAUCUUUACUGGACUAUCAACAGAUACUGCAGUUUGGUUUCUAUUAUAGCUCGACACCAAAGUUGUUCGACCUACUCUUCUGAAGAAAAGCUUCAUCAUAGUAAGAUAUGCGAGGAGUUCACCGAACAAUUGGAACUUCUGAAACCUCAACUGGGCUGUAUCUCUUUGAGUGAACGUGAUCACUCCCCUCCAAACAGUGAUCAGAGCAUUGUCAGUAAGGGAAAUAUUGGGUUGACAUCUGCUACUACAGGGACCUCUUGCAGUAGUUGCUCAUCGCCUUCUUCAACCUUCUCAAACGCAGAGACUGUCUGCAUCGUCAAUAAUCAUCUUGUUACUCAAUCUUUCCCCUCUCGCGCUCUUUCAUUCGUACACGAUAUGCCCUGUGGUUCCGGUGUAUCUCACGUCGAUAUUGCUGAGUCGACCCGCGAGUAUUCAAGAUAUGCUUACAAAGACAUACACAUUUCAGCAAGAUUGAUGGAUGAUUUUAUGGAACUUGCUAGUGACAACACAAAACAGGAUGUGGAGACCUGUGGUAUUCUUGGUGCUUUUCUUAAGGACAAUAUAUUUUAUGUGACGACCUUGAUAAUACCAAAGCAGGAGGCAACUUCCAGUUCGGUAAGCUCCCUUGAAGUUCCCUGUUGUGGUGUCUGUCUCUGCAAUAUAUCACCAUUCUCCGAAGUGCUGAAAUUUUUAUCGACUAAUCAAUCCAUUGAGUAUAACAAAUGGCAGUGCCAGGCUAGGAAUGAGGAAGAGAUCUUUGCCAUACAAGAUGAGCAUUCCCUCUUUUCUCUCGGAUGGAUCCAUACACACCCUUCUCAAACCUGUUUUAUGUCAUCCAUUGAUCUACAUACUCAGUUCUCCUACCAGGUCAUGCUCCCUGAAGCAAUUGCUGUAGUCAUGGCUCCAACAGAUCCCUCAAGGUGCACUUGUGUUGCACCGUAAUGUAAUUAUCAGCUAUAUAAGGAACUAUGGUAUAUUUCGACUAUCCAACCCAGGGGGCAUUAAUGUCAUCAGGGAGUGCGAUGAGAGAGGUUUUCAUUCUCAUCGAGAACCAUCAGAUGGGAGUCCCAUUUAUGAGGAGUGCUCCAAUGUCUAUAUCAACCCAAAUCUCAGGUUGGAAAAUUUUGAUCUACGCUGAUUCAAGGACAACUUGAAUGUGAAAGAAAGUGUGUUGCUCGUUGAGUCCAGAGCUCCAUAAGAACCACCAAAGAAGGCUAAGCAAGGAUAUUCACCUGUUUUUUUCGCUAUUGUAAUGUACAUGCGACUUCUCACUUCACUCUUUGCCGAACUGCCAAACAAAUUGUAAGAUAACAUAAUUGUUUCUUUGUCGGUGUAUUAAAUGGUAAAGACCAGACGGUUCUCAAAUUGCAUUUCGACUUGUAGUUGCGUAUAUGACUACUCAAGAUGCGAAUGAGAAUCAGGCUUAUGAAUGUAACUUAUGGAA